CCAAGCCGGGGGGGGGGAGAGGAACACGAAGAAGCUUAGGGAGGGAAGGGAGGGAGAGAGCGAAGCCAAGGGCCCCCAUCCACACCGUGAGAGGCAGCAGCCGGGCCCCGCGCCGAGCAAGCGCGAAGCCGCAGCAGGCCGCCGCCGCGAGAUUCCGGCAGGCGCAAAUUCUCCAAUCCCCCUGGGGGUUCCGCCCAAUCCCGAUUGCUCCGCGGGAGGUCAGCUCAAUUCCUGCUGUUUUCCGUCGUGAUUCGUUUCGGUCCGGCGCGGUUGGCGGGCCAUUCUCGCCGGAGAUCCAGGCGGUUGCGAGCUCGCCGGUGCUUCGGCGGGGCUGGGAUCAUGCCUCCAUUGCUCUAGGGUUUGGUCAGGUAACACAAUUCGCUUGUCCGAGUCGCCGCCUGUAUGCUUGAUUCGGGCCAGCCGCGCCGCUUCUGGGGCAGUUGUUUGGUAUCUCGGCAAUUGGCGCCGGGCCAGUGGAGAUGAGAUCCCCUCCGUGUCCGGGGAGCUGGGAAUUGGUCUACGGGCUCGCGCUCUGCAGGAAGCGGCAUAAGCCCUAGUGAUUUGUUUGAUCCGAGCUGGUGCGAUUCGUGAGUUCUCUACUCCCAAUCAUCAGGUUUUGGGGUUCGAGGGGGUGGUAGUUAUUAUGGACACAGUAAGGGAGGAGGCGUGGCCACUGCCUGCACGCCAGCAGCUGCAGCAACAGCCACCAGCGUCUCCAGGUCCACGACCGCAGCAGCAGAAUGGUCGUGUUGAUCUCCGGGAGCUGAAGGCUCAGAUGGAGAAACGGCUUGGUCCGGACCGGUCGCGGCGCUACUUCAGCUACUUGAGUGGCUACCUAUCACAGAGGCUCAGUAAGCCAGAUUUUGACAAGGCGUGCCUGCUUACCUUGGGGCGGGAGAACCUCCGGCUGCACAACCGGCUCAUCCGCUCGGUUCUCUACAAUGCCUACCAGGCACAGUGCCCACCUCCACCAUCAGAUGUCGGGAGGUCUGUUGGAGCAUCGACAAAGAAGGUUUCUCAGGCUGCUGAAGCGUUUAAUUCUUGCAAUGGGGAUGUCAGGCUGUUGCAGGUGCAGGGAUCAAGGUCAAUGGGCACAGUGCAAGAUCAUCAGUUAAAAGACCGGAUCAAACACAUGGGGCCGAAUGGUAGGGUGGAGGCUGCUGCCAAUCACACCCAAUUUGUUCAAGGGGGGGCUGCAGUACAAGAGAAUGGCACCCUAAGUUCACUUGAGUUGAAGAGAUCAAUGUGUCUUCAACAAUGUGAGUCCGCAGAACCGUUAGGAAAGCGUCUGCAUGUGGAACAGUUGCUACCUGAAAAUAUGCUUAAGCAAAGAAGAGUUAUGAGUGAUGCUGCAGAUCAUUCUGCUCGAAUGUCAAAAAGUCCUGUACGAGCUCCGCUUGGGAUCCCCUUCUGUUCAGCAAGUGCAGGUGGGGCAAGGAAAUUACUGCCGCCACCAAUUAGUGCAGGUGAAGAUCGCUUUAGCAGCUUUUGUGAGCAUGGGCAGCUGUUAAACACGGAGGUGUUGCGUAAGCGAAUGGAGAAAACAGCAGAAGCACUGGGUCUAGCAGGUGUCACAAUGGAUUGUGCUGACCUUCUGAAUAAUGGCCUGGACCUGUACUUGAAGAACCUGAUUAGGUCAACUGUUGAGUUAAAAGGAUCCGGUGUUCGAGGUGAUACAAGAAAAGGGGCAUCGUACAAGCAGCAUUCCCAGGGAAAGCAAAUUAAUGGUGUUUGGUUGCCGAACCAUGUUCAGAUGCAACCAAGCAGUGGACCAUCAGGAGCCACAAAUGAGACCAGAAGUCACCACUUGAUCUCUGUUGAUGAUUUCAGGGUAGCAAUGCAGUUAAACCCUCAACAGCUUGGGGAGGACUGGCCAGUCCUUCUUGAGAAGAUAUCAAUACGUCCCUCGGAGGAAAAUGACUGACAGAUGGAGGUUGCUAGUUCAGAUGAAAUUUUGUCCGAUGUACUUCUCCCUGCCCCAUCUGAUGUAUAUUUGAGCUGAAGUAACAAUACUGCAGUCACAUCACAGAAGAUGCAUGUUUGGGGAUCAAGGCAGAAUUCUGCUCCCAGAUUUUAGUGAAAGAAAGUCAUUCUUUGUCCUGAUAAAUGUUGCCCCAAUAAAAGAAAUCAUCUUCUGUUCAUGCUGCUUAGGCCUCAUUGGCACUCCUGAUGUGGAGACUGUUACAUCCAUAAGUCCCGACUUCUAUGUAACAUUUCGCAUAAAGGGACAGAAGACAGCAGAAUGCAAGAGCUGUCUUGUAACUUAUAGGGAAAUGUUCUGUAAGUUUCUAGGUCAGGAUGUACAUUAUUGAUUGCAAAAUUUUCUAGAGUAUCUUCAGUACUAAUUUCAGGAUCUUGGAUGUUAAUUUUAUUUAAAUUCUUUGUAACUGUUUUUGCAAGUUAUAUUUUAGAUCGGUAAUACUCUUUUUGUCUCUCAA